AUGGCUUCGGCACAAGAGGAGGCCAACGCCCUGAAGGUUCAGGGCAACAAGGCCUUUGCCCAGCACGACUGGCCCACCGCAGUCGAUUUCUACAACCAAGCGAUCGAGAAAUAUGACCAAGAGCCGUCAUUCUUUUCCAACCGGGCUCAGGCCCAAAUUAAACUCGAGGCAUUUGGAUUCGCUGUCGCCGAUGCCACUUCAGCUUUGGAAUUGGACCCAAACUACGUCAAGGCAUACUGGAGGCGUGCUCUAGCCAAAACUGCUAUAACCGACUACAAGGGAGCCCUCCGCGACUUCAAGGCUGUGGUCAAGCGCGAACCAGGCAACCAGAAUGCGAAACUCAAGCUGGCGGAUUGCGAAAAGCUCGUUCGCCGCAUGGAGUUUGAGAAGGCGAUCGAAGUCUCCGACCCCCCGUCCGCGUUUGAGGGCCUGGAUAUCGAUGCUAUCAAGGUGGAGGAUGACUAUGAUGGUGUGCGCAUCGGCAACGAGAUGACGCAGGAGUUUAUUGAUGAUAUGAUUCAACGGUUUAAGGACGGCAAGAAGAUUCAUCGCAAGUAUGUCUUCCAAAUCAUCAAGGCCGUGAAGGAAAUUGUCUACAAUGAGCCCACAAUGGUGGAGAUUGGUGUGGAUGCGGGAAAGAAGUUGACGGUCUGUGGCGAUACACACGGCCAAUUCUUUGACCUGCUGGAAAUCUUCCGCCGAAACGGAAGCCCUUCUGAAUCUCACGCCUACCUCUUUAACGGCGAUUUUGUUGACCGCGGCUCGUGGUCCUGUGAGAUUGCCCUGCUUCUUUACGCAUACAAGUGGCUGCGGCCGAACGGGUUGUUCCUCAACCGUGGCAACCACGAGACCGACGACAUGAACAAGGUCUACGGUUUCGAGGGCGAAUGCAAAGCCAAGUACAACGAGCGCGUCUUCAAGGUGUUCUCCGAGUCCUUCUCAGCCCUACCGUUGGCCACUCUGAUCGGCGAGAAGUACCUCGUCCUUCACGGCGGUCUGUUCUCAGAUGACAAGAUCACGUUGAACGACAUUCGGAAACUCAACCGCCACAACCAACGGCAACCCGGCCAGCAGGGUCUGAUGAUGGAGAUGCUCUGGACUGACCCGCAGCCUCAGCCGGGCCGUGGACCCAGCAAGCGUGGUGUUGGCCUGCAGUUCGGUCCGGAUAUCACCAAGCGCUUCUGCGAGAACAACGGUCUCGAGGCCAUUAUCCGAUCGCACGAGGUUCGUAUGGAGGGUUACGAGGUUGAGCAUGAUGGCCGGUGUAUCACCGUUUUCUCCGCGCCCAGGUAUUGCGACUCGACGGAGAACAAGGGCGCCUAUAUCAACCUUGGACCUGAGCUGAAGCUCGAGUAUGAGGUCUUCGAGGCUGUGCCCCACCCUGACAUCAAGCCGAUGGCCUACGCACAGAACUCGAUUCUGUCGACGAUGUGA